CGCGAUUGGAGAAAAUUUCACCUCAGACGAGAAUCUCGAAAUGUCGGAGAGGAGAAAUCGCGAUAACAGGAUACAGCUGCAAGGAAAUUUCGGAGAGUGGUCCAAGUGGUCUCCAUGUACAAGAUCCUGCGAUGGAGGGAUUUCGAUGCAGCAAAGAAGAUGUCGAAGAAAAUCCUGCAAAGGAAGACCCUGGAAUGUCAGAUACAAAGUUUGCAAUACUCACCUCUGCCCCUCCCUCUCCCCGUCCCUUUCCCCUCCUCCUUGCGCCUCCCUCUCACUGUCCUCUCCCCCCUCCCUGUUUUCUUGGUCCCCCCACCACGAUGCCUCAAGACCAUGCGCGCGUAUCUGCCGCGGGCAGCCAAUCAGAGCGCAGCUCGACGAGGAAACAGCCAAUCAGGAGGGAGAUAUGGAAGAGGAGGAGGAGGAGAGGGGGGAAGUCGAAGUCGAGGAGAAAGUGGAAGAUGGGACGAGGUGUGGGGAAGGCGGAGGAGGAGUUUGUAUCGGAGGGGAGUGCUUGCCCGUCGGCUGCGAUCUGAGGAUCGGGGAAAAGCAAAUCGACCAAUGCGGAGUCUGCGGAGGAAACGGAUCGACUUGUCGAGAAGUCGAUAGACGAAUGGAAUGGCGAUUGGAGCCGAUCGACGAGUGCUCAAAAUCUUGCGGGGGUGGCAAACAACUCGCCGUCGCCGUUUGCACUUCCGUCAGUUCGACGGAAAUCGUCGACGAGUCGAGUUGCGAUCCCGACGAGAAACCAGAGAAGAAGAUGGUAGACUGCAAUGUGCAUUCUUGUUCCACCAAAUGGAUAGCGGAACAAUGGAGCGAGUGCAGCUCUUCUUGCGGGGGGGGAACAAGAACAAGAAACGUACUUUGUAUCGAGGAAGGCGGAAACGAAACUACUAACGAGCUGCCGGAGGACAUGUGCGACGUUUCACAUAAACCUAAAGAGAAGGAGAGCUGUAAUGCUGUAUCCUGUCCCAUGUGGGAGAUUGACGAAUGGAGUCACUGUAUGCCGUACGAUUCCCUCUGUUUCAUUCUUGUAUGGCCCCCUCCCAUUCUAUCCGGACCAUGUAUAUACGAGCGCGCUCGGCUCUCUGCUCAGUGUUCGGCGAGCUGCGGUCUCGGAUGGAGCACCAGACGCGUGGAGUGCAGAGAUGCGGAGGGGCAGCUAUCUUCGGACUGCGACGAGGCGGAUAGGCCCAGGGAGGAGAAGGAGUGCAGGGGGGACUGCGACACCGAUGGCGAAUCCAGUCAACCAGCUUUGCAGUCUUUCCCUCCACCGCCGAUACCGGAGAAAUUAAUAGACCAGCCAAUUCCCUCCGAAUCGACCUUCAUCCCCGAGGACUGGUCUCCCUGCAGCGCGACCUGCGGCGAAGGAGUUCGUCACCGGGAAGUACGCUGUAAAAUUUUUCUGGAAUUCUCCAGAACAGUCGCUGAACUUCCGGACCGACAAUGUUCAGGUCCAAAACCAGUAGAGACCGAGAAAUGCGAAAUUCAGCCCUGCGAGUUCCUGGAGAACGAAUUGUACAGAAUGGACGGCGGUUAUGAGGAGAACUUCAAGGAGAACUUGAAGGGCUACGAGGGAAGUGUUAGGGUUGCUGCCGGAAGUGGAGUGCAGACUACUUAUUCCUGGAAGGAGAUGGGGUACACUCAUUGCAGUGCUACUUGUCUGGGAGGAGUCCAGGACCUAAUUAUUACUUGUGUAAGGGACGAUACGGGGAAAGCUGUGAUGCCAUUGUUCUGCACUCAGGAAACAAAACCAGAAUCCCGAAUAAGGACUUGCAAUGAUCAUCCUUGUCCUCCCAGGUGGAACUAUAGCAAAUUCUCGGAGUGCAUGUCGCCCUGCGGAAUCGGCAUCCAGACUCGUGAUGUCAACUGCAUCCACGAGGUGACCAGAGGCGCCGCUAAUGCGGUGCCCGUGCCGAGCCACAUGUGCCCCCAGCCUCCGCCAGUGGACAGGCAAUAUUGUAAUGUCUGGGAUUGUCCGGUUAAGUGGAGGACCGGGGAAUGGAGCAAGUGCUCCCACACCUGCGGAGGAGGGACGAAGACUCGUUCCGUGAUCUGCGAGCAGGUCAUGGCGCAGGGGAGGGUGCAACCCCGUCCCCCUUCCUCCUGCCCACGUCAGAAACCGGCGGUUCACAAACCUUGCAACACGGCGCCAUGCCACUCCGUCGGCCCCGCCCCCCGGCCAAUCAUAACGCGGGAGAACGGCAGCUUCGACCAGGAGAACGUCAGGACGAAGGUCGACGUCAAGGUUGGGGGAGAGGCCAGGGUGUUCCAGGGGACGAGGGUCGUCAAAAUCAGAUGUCCCGUCAGGGGAUUCAACAGAUCGAGAAUUGUGUGGAUGAAAGAUGGAAAUGACCUCAAGAAAUCCAGACGACUCAAAAUCAACAAAAAGGGAGCUUUGAGGAUAUUCGAUGUCAAUUACUCCGACAGUGGAACUUAUACUUGCAUCGCUGGCCAGUCGCAGGCAGAUUUUCACCUGCGAGUGAAAAUUCCUCCCAGAGAGCAGAUGAGCAGCGAAGAAGUUCUUCGGUUUGGAAAUACAGUUCAACAUCAACAAAAUGUUAAUUUGGAGUCGAGUCAGAACUCGGAUGAGAGUCAACGAAUCAGCAGUGCAGCUGCGGCUCAUGUUCCCUUUUCAUUCGGAAGUGACGAUCUUAGUCACGAAGCUCGACCCGAAGGAUCGAUCCUGAAAAAGAGACCCAGGAAGACGAAACAGAAACCAAGUCCUCUUCCUCCGGAGUCGACAAUGGGAGGGGAAAAUUCUGUAACUUCGAUGCAUGAGCCGGGAUUUCAUGAAUCCGUCGAGUCGACUGCGACUUCUGGAGCUUCGAGACUUGCCCCUCACUUGAACAGACUAAUUUCUAACCUAAAAGAACUCUGGCCAUUUCAAAGUGAUUCUCAGUCUGCAAAAAACACAAAAAAAAUAACAUCUGCGUUAAGUUUAACAAAUGUUUCCGAGGUAAACAAUUCGAGAAGUGAAGAAGAUGAAAAUAUUCAAAAUGAAGAAAAUG